AUGGUGCUUUUCCGUCUUCACUGUCUCGUCCAUCCAACCCACGUUUUGGUGUUUUCCCGUCAGAUCAGCACUUCCGCUCCCACAAUGGCUCGAGGUUUCAAGCAAGGCCGUGGUACUGGAGAUUCUGGAAAAUCUAGUCUAUUCAACAAUGAGCGCCGUUGGAAGGACGACAACAGGUUUAUGGCUUUGGGCAACACGGAUGAGCUUUCAUCAUUGCUUGGGCAACCUCCAAACACCACAUGCCCCACAACAUCAAGCACUUUAGAGAAAACACUAAUUGAUCCUCAAAUGGUCGAAUGGAUUCAUGCUGAAAUCGAUCGAUUUGGAGAUCAAGUGCCACCUUUGCGGCAGUUCAUCUUAUCUGGUGGAGGAAUUACCUCAGCUCAUCUGCAGUAUGCGCGAGCAGUUUGUCGUAGGGCGGAGCGCAGUGCUGUUUCUCUUCUUCGAACCGAACAAAUCGACCCAAAAGCGGUCAAAUUUCUAAACAGAAUGAGCGACUUACUUUUCGUGCUUGGCCGAUAUGUGUGCAUGAAAACGGAACAUGAGGAACUGACAUACCUUCGACCUGAAACGUUUGUCACUCAGAAUUCGAUGCUUGACGAAGUGCGCUACGACCGUCAGCUGCGACUUUGGGGAGAAGAAGGGCAAAAUUCCAUCUCUCGUACAUCUGUAUGCGUUUUGGGGUCAUCGACAUUAGGUACUGAGAUUUUGAAAAGUCUUGUGUUGGCUGGAGUUCGAUCUGUUUGUGUUAUGGACAGUGAACUUGUUCGGAUGCCCGACCUUGGACAGAAUUUUUUCCUUCGUCAGUCAGAUAUUGGUCGUCCAAGAGCAGCUGCUACAGAGUUGAAUCCAUCGGUUCUCGUAGAAUGUUUAUUGUUAUCCCCACUUAAUCUAUCAGAACAGGAUAUGACAGUUCUACUGCAGUUUCACGUGGUAGUUGGAACUAAUUUGCCAAAGGAGGUGACAUCGAAGAUAUCCUCAUUUCUAUUUCCACGCAGUGUUCCCUUUAUAUCAACGAGGGUGUAUGGACUUCUUGGUUACAUUCGUGUUUUCGUUCAAGAGCAUACCAUAGCAAAUAACCAUGAAGAAAAUGCUCUUCCAGACUUGCGCAUUGAUAAACCAUUCCCAAAAUUGCUCGAGAUGGUUGCGAACACUAAUCUCGAGUCGAUGACCUUGGAAGAACUCCGACAUACACCAUACAUUGUUUUGUACUUGAUAGCUUUACGGCAAUACAAGAAUGUGUGUUUUUUACAAGAACGUUAUUGUUCUUUUUUCAGAGUUGUAGGAGACGAACUCGCUUUCCCUGAUAAUUAUGCGGAGCGAAAGCGUUUCCUCGAAAUUCUUUGGAAAAUGCGACGUGAAGGGGAUUCUGGUUCCCUAGAUUCUGAAAAUUUUACCGAGGCUAAGGCUGCAUUGAUUCGUUCAUUACAGAAAACAGAGGUUCCUCGCCAUGUGAUGGAUAUUCUCAUGGAUGAGAACUGUGAUGACCAUUCGCAGUGUGUGGUACCAUUUUGGCUUAUAUGUGCAGGACUUCGGCGAUUCGUUAACGCCCAUGGUGUUCUUCCUCUUACCGGGAUGCUUCCUGAUAUGACAAGUGACAGCAUGAGGUAUUCCCACCUAGCUUCAAUUUUCCACGAGAAGGCCCUUUCUGAUGCUACAGAGGUUUUCGAGCACACAAAAAACAUUGAGAAAGAAAGAGGUGUUCAAGAAAUUAUAACUGAAGAUUUGUGCUAUCGAUUUUGCAAAAAUGCACGUGGUAUUCGUUUGCAGAGAGGUACAGAAAAGGAUUCUUUAGAGGCAUUUCAGGCAGUUCUUAAUGGUGUUGUAAAUCAGCCGGAAGAAAACGGACACGUAUCGGCCGCUGUCUGGUUUCUGCUACUAAAGGCUGUCGAUAAGUUUCACCGUGAAAAAGGAAGAUAUCCCGGAACCAACGGAGUACCAUGUACUAUUGAUGCAUUAGAUCUCAAACAACGCGUAGUGUCCAUUGUUUCGUUAUCACAGGUUAGUUAUGAAAUAGAAGAUCCAGAAGCAGUAAUCGCGCAAGUACCACAGAAUGCAAUAGCCGAGAUAUGCAGAUACGGAGCUGGAGAAAUCCAUGUUGUCGCAAGUCUCAUUGGUGGCAUCGUUGCUCAAGAAGUCAUUAAGUUGGCUACAAAUCAAUACGUACCGCUAGACAACACCUUCAUAUACGACGGACACACGCAACAAAGCUCGGUUUUUCGAAUGUAA